AUGGCCUCAAAAGUCCCACAAUACUCCCGCACUCUGCCCGUGCUCAGCAGUCUGGCUGUCUUUGCAAUCGCAGGCAGCACGUAUGCGAACAGCAGAAAGCCGAUCCAGCUCGAUUCAGCUAGCAACCCGCCAACCAAGGCUUUCACAUUCCCCAGCGGGAUGCUCUUCAGCAAGCGACUGACCGUCACACAUAGCGAACAAGUCAACCACGACACGAAGAGAGUCACCUUUGCUCUUCCAGGAGAAAAGUCGCAAGUCAGCGGCGUGCCAGCGGGAUCUGCGAUCCUCACCCAACACACUCCAGCAGGUGGCUGGUUCCCCGUCUUCCGACCCUACACGCCGAUCUCAGAUCCCAACGAGCCCGGAACCCUCCAGCUUCUCGUCAAGCAAUACCCGAACGGCAAAGCUUCCUCGCAUAUCCACUCCCUUCAACCCGGCGACCAACUCACCGUCCGUGGACCGAUUCCUGGUUACUCAUAUACGCCUUCUUCUCGGCCACAAUCACGCGAUCUGAUUCUCGUGGCGGGCGGCGCGGGUAUCACACCGAUCUACAGUCUCGCACGAGGAAUACUGCAAGAUGCGAACGACAACACUCGCAUACAACUUCUCUGGGGUAUAAACGGUACUCGGGACAUCGUGCUAAAGAGCGAGCUGGAAGCUUUGGGAAGGACACACCCGGAUCGGCUGCAGGUAACUUAUGCCGUAUCCGGAGCGGAUUGUGCUCUGGAAAACGAGAAGUACAAGAAGGGCUACAUCAACAAGUCAAUGCUCCAAGAAGCAUUCGCUAUGUGUGAGAAUAGCUCCUGGGGAGACGCGAAGGGAAUAAAAGUUUGGCUGUGCGGGCCGCCAACGAUGGAGAGCGCUCUUACCGGGAAGGACGGUGCUUUGGCAGAAUUGGGUGUAAUUGGAAAGGAGCUCCACAAGUUCUGA